AUGGCGGGAACGACACGGAUCCACAUCUUGCGUGCCGGGUACCUGGUGGCCUUUGGAUACUUCAUGCUGCAGGGGAGCCACCUCCUCCUACAGCCUGUGAUGAUCACUCUCCGGCCACGGGACUGCCUGGUUGCCUACUCGGCUCUGGUGGUUGCUGUGAAGACGUUCCUGUCGGUCGGCGCAUGUGUGUACCUGGAGGCUUUACUCAUCUCCCACUGCUGGCUGGUCCACAGUUUCGGCCUGGACUGCACGGUCCCAGGGUACCAGUUAGGCUGCCCCAACAACGAGCUGGAGCAGUCGGACAGGAUUUACCGGAGCCUGUGGCGCCUGGUGAAGCCGACCCUCGCUUUGCACCAGGCGGGCGUGGCCAGCUCUGAGACGCUGUGCUAUUUUAUGACCAUCCUCUACCACACGCUCCGCGCUUCCAACCUCUCCAUGGUUCUCCCCAUCUUGUCUUUCUUGCGGGCCGUGCUCUCUGUCCCCAGGCCCUCCAGACGAUUUUGGAUGGCACCGAUCUAUUACACAGAGGUAGGUGCCAAGGAGGCCCCCUCGCAGAUCCAGCUCCUGCUAACAGGAGCUGCCAUUGCCACUGCCAGCCCCCUGCUGGGCCUUCUGGAGGCAUUGGUGGGGCAUGGGAUGUGGAGGACCCUCCAGAUCUACCACUCCAUCAACCGGUUCUUCUCCAACCUCUACCGGCCGCCAGCCAGCCGGGUGCGCAACGUGUACACCCUCGCCUUCCUGGUGGAGAUGCUCAACUUGGCCGUUGUCCUCUUUGGCUACUGGGCCUUUGGGAAAGACUCAGCCGCUGACCUGGUGGAGUCGCUCUUGGAGGAGACGGCGCCCAAGGCCUUCCUGGCGAUGGGGCUCAUCCAGUUUGGCACGAUGCUGGGGGACCGGGCCCUCUACCCGCGGAAGGCCUUGCUGGGGAAGUGUGCCUUCCAGGUCCUCGGAGUCCUCCGCGCCCACUUCUGGCCCUUCUUCAUCCUGCCUGGUGUCACCAAGAGGAGGUUUAAUCUCAACCACGUGGCUCAGAUCUGGUACCUGGUGAAAUGCAUCUACUUUGGCCCGUCCGCCUACCAGAUCAGGUGCGACUACCCAAACCAGAUCCUCGGAAAUUUCCUGACCAAACACUUCAACCUCAUCAACCUUAUCUUGUUCAGAGGGUUCCGCCUGGUGCCUUUCCUGCUGGGGCUGAGGGUUGUCAUAGACUGGGUGUGGACUGACACUGCCCUCAUCCUGUCCAAUUGGAUAUGCCUGGAGGACGUGUAUGCCAACAUCUUCAUCAUGAAGUCCUGCCAGGAGUCCGAGAAGAAAUACCCCCGGCCGCCUGGGCGGCAGCAGAAGAAAGCCAUGAAGUACAGGGUUGGGUGCAUCGCCAUGUUCGCUUUGGUCUUCCUCAUGUGGUUCCCCCUGGUUUUAAUGGCCCUGUUGAAGACAGUGGGUGGGGUGACCAACCAGCCCCUGGAUGUGUCGGUCAAGAUCGCCAUCAACAGCUACAAGACCCUGUUCUCCAUGAGCGCUCAGCAGCUCAUGGAAUCUGGUCGCCUUCUCGGAUGCAGACUGUCCUGGGACGUGGACCGCCUGGCCUUCUUCCGCAAAGCCACAGUCCGGCUGCAGCAGCUGAGGCCGGCGGAGGCCCUCACGGCCAGCCCGGCGGCUGAGUGGCGGGGUGUUCAGGAGUGGCGGCCAGGCUGUGACCAGAGCCGGGGCUGCGGCCAGGACAUGGAGCUGCUCAUCUUUCACGACAAAGUCAGCCCCCGGAGCCUGGACUUCCUGGCAGGAUACGGCCUCGUCAGGCUCUACGUGUCGGUGGUGAUGGUCGCGGCCAAGUUCAUCCACGAGCACUUCCCCGGCAUCGCCCGGUCCAUCAUGUACGACCAGCUGCCCGACGUGGUCCGCGUGCUCGGGCUCUGCGCUGCCGUCUUCCCGGUCCGCGAGCUGGGCGAGCUGCAGCUGGAGCAGAAGCUACUGGCCAGGCUCAGCUUCCUGUACCACUCGCCCAAGACCACGAUCAAGUGGACGCACCGGCGCCCGCCGGCCCCCAAACACCCUGUUGCCGGGGCUCCAGAGGGGCCAUGGGAAGCAGCCGUCACGUCCUCAGGCCCUUUGGCCUCGAGAAGCAGGGUCUUUGCCUCAGCCCUGGGUCCCCCUGAUGCCAAGCCCUUGCAGCUGCUCCCCAGCUGA